AUGGCUGCGGAAGCGAGGUGCGGGCCGGGCCCGCGAGGGGCCGCCGUAUGGGAGGCGGUGAUGCUACUGCUGUGCUUGGGAGUCCCGACCGGGCGCCCCUACAACGUGGACACCGAGAGCGCAAUGGUUUACAAGGGCCCCGCCGACACCCUGUUCGGCUACUCGGUGGUGCUGCACAGCCACGGGGCGAACCGAUGGCUCGUAGUCGGGGCGCCCACGGCCAGCUGGCUCGCCAACACUUCAGUGGUCAAUCCUGGGGCGAUUUACAGAUGCAGGAUUGGAAAGAACCCAGAGCGGACGUGCGAACAGCUCCAGCUGGGUAGCCCUAAUGGAGAACCUUGUGGAAAGACUUGUUUGGAAGAAAGAGACAAUCAAUGGUUGGGGGUCACGCUUUCCAGACAGCCAGGAGAAAAUGGCUCCAUCGUGACUUGUGGGCAUAGAUGGAAAAAUAUAUUUUACAUAAAGAAUGAAAAUAAGCUCCCCACGGGUGUUUGCUAUGGAAUGCCCUCUGAUUUACGAACAGAGCUGAGUAAAAGAAUAGCUCCAUGCUAUCAAGAUUAUGUGAGAAAAUUUGGAGAAAAUUUUGCAUCAUGUCAAGCUGGAAUAUCUAGUUUUUACACAGAGGACUUAAUUGUGAUGGGAGCUCCAGGAUCAUCAUAUUGGACUGGCUCUCUUUUCGUCUAUAAUAUAACUACAAAUAAAUACAAAGCUUUUUUAGACAGACACAAUCAAGUGAAAUUCGGAAGUUAUUUAGGAUACUCAGUUGGAGCCGGUCACUUUCGGAGUCGGCACACUACCGAGGUAGUUGGAGGAGCCCCUCAACAUGAACAGAUUGGUAAAGCAUACAUAUUCAGCAUUGAUGCAAAAGAACUAAAUAUCUUACAUGAAAUGAAAGGUAAAAAGCUUGGGUCUUAUUUCGGAGCUUCUAUCUGUGCGGUGGACCUCAACGCCGAUGGCUUCUCAGACCUACUUGUGGGAGCUCCCGUGCAGAGCACCGUCAGGGAGGAAGGAAGAGUGUUUGUAUACAUCAACUCUGGCACUGGAGCAGUCAUGAACGAAAUGGAAAUAGAGCUCAUUGGAAGUGACAAAUAUGCUGCAAGAUUUGGGGAAUCUAUAGUCAAUCUUGGCGACAUUGAUAAUGAUGGCUUUGAAGAUGUUGCUAUUGGAGCUCCACAGGAAGAUGACUUGCGAGGUGCUAUUUAUAUUUACAAUGGCCGAGCAGAUGGGAUCUCGUCAGCCUUCUCACAGAGAAUUGAAGGGCGUCAAAUCAGCAAAUCAUUAAGUAUGUUUGGACAGUCUAUAUCUGGACAAAUUGAUGCAGAUAAUAAUGGAUAUGUAGAUGUAGCAGUUGGUGCUUUUCGGUCUGAUUCUGCUGUGCUGCUAAGGGCGAGACCUGUAGUGAUUGUCGAAGCUUCUUUAAACCAUCCUGAGUCAGUAAAUAGAACAAAUUUUAACUGUAUUGAAAAUGAAUUGCCUUCUGUGUGCAUGGAUCUAACACUCUGUUUCUCAUAUAAGGGCAAAGAGGUUCCAGGUUAUAUCGUUUUGUUUUAUAACAUGAGCCUGGAUGUGAACCGAAAGGCAGAGUCUCCAUCGAGAUUUUACUUUUCUUCCAAUGGAACUUCUGAUGUGAUUACAGGAAGCAUAAAAGUAUCAAGCAGAGUGGCUAACUGUAAAACACAUCAAGCAUUUAUGCGGAAAGAUGUACGGGACAUCCUCACCCCAAUUCAGAUUGAAGCCGCUUACCACCUGGGGCAUCAUGUCAUCAGUAAACGAAGUACAGAGGAAUUCCCACCACUUCAGCCAAUUCUUCAGCAGAAAAAAGAAAAAGACAUCAUUGCAAAAACAAUAAACUUUGCAAGAUUUUGUGCGCAUGAAAACUGUUCUGCCGAUUUACAGGUUUCUGCAAAAAUUGGAUUUUUGAGGCCACAUGAAAAUAAAACCUAUCUUGCUGUUGGAAGUAUGAAGACAUUAAUGUUGAACGUGUCCUUAUUUAAUGCCGGAGAUGAUGCGUAUGAGACAACUCUGCAUAUCAGACUACCCACUGGUCUUUACUUCAUUAAGAUUUUAGAUCUGGAGGAGAAACAAAUAAACUGCGAAGUAACAGACAGCUCUGGCAUAGUAAAACUUGACUGCAGGGUUGGUUAUAUAUAUGUAGAUCAUCUAUCAAGGACAGAUAUUAGCUUUCUUCUGGAUGCCAGCUCACUCAGCAGAGCAGAAGAGGAUCUCAACAUCACAGUGCAUGCCGCCUGUGAAAAUGAAGGAGAAACAGGCAACGUGAAGCGUAACAAAGUGACUUUAACAGUACCUCUCAAGUAUGAAGUCAUGCUAACUGUUCAUGGGUUUGUAAACCCAACUUCGUUUGUGUAUGGCCCAAAGGAGGAAAAUGAGCCUGAAAUGUGUAUGGCAGAGAAAAUGAACUUCACUUUCCACGUUAUCAACACUGGCCAAAGCAUGGCUCCAAAUAUUAGUGUGGAAAUAACGAUACCAAAUUCUUUUAUUCCCCAAACUGAUAAACUGUUCAACAUUUUGGAUGUCCAGACUACUGUUGGAGAAUGCCAUUUUAAGAAUUACCAAAGAAAGUGUGCAUUAGAGCAGAAAAAAGGCACAAUGGAGACCCUGAAAGAUAUAUUCAAAUUUUUAUCAAAGACUGAUAAGAGGCUACUGUACUGCAUGAGAGCUGAUCCACAUUGUUUAACUUUCUCAUGCAAUUUUGGGAAAAUGGACAGUGGAAAAGAAGCCAGUGUUCACAUUCAGUUGGAGGGUCGGCCAUCCAUUUUAGAAAUGGAUGAGACUAGAGCCCUGAAGUUUGAAAUAAGAGCAACAGCUUUUCCAGAGCCAAAUCCAAAAGUUAUUGAACUAAACAAGGAAGAGAAUGUUGCACAUGUGCUACUCGAAGGACUACAUCAUCAAAGACCCAAACGCCAUUUCACUAUAGCUAUUAUUUUAAGUAGCUUGCUACUUGGACUUAUUUUACUUUUAUUGAUUUCAUAUGUUAUGUGGAAGGCUGGCUUCUUCAAAAGACAGUACAAGUCUAUCCUACAACAAGAAAACAGAAGAGACAGCUGGAGUUACAUUAACAGUAAAAGCAGUAAAGAUGAUUGAAGACUUCUUUCAAAUUGAGAGAAUAACAGACUCAGGUUACGGUAUACUAAAACAAAUUUAGACAUUGUUUACAAGAAACCGUGAAUUUUGCCUCAGACUUCUUCUGUGUACUUCUUUUAGUCAUGACCUUGUGACGUUAUGUCUUAAUGCAGAUGAAAAAUCCAAGCAGUGAUUAUUCUAAGAGAAAAAUAACUCCAAAAGUAAUAUUUUAAUAUAUCCAAAAAGAUAAUCUUUCAGCUCUUAAAUGGAUAGAAAAACACUAAAGCAUCAGCUUAUCCAAGAUAAGUAAUCCCUGGACAAUACCUUGAAAUGAGUGCAUCUGAAUUAAAAUUAUGUUGAAGUAAACAACUCGACUGGAGAAAUCUUGGACUUUGAGGUAUCAUUCCUUUAAAAGAAAUACUAUUUACCAUAUGUGCUGGCUUUGGUAAAAUUAAUUCCACCAAAUAGGUAAGGACUCAUUUCUAAUAGAUCUUUGAGACUUGUUUGGAAUAUGUUCUCUAGAAAUAUUUAGCAGAAUUUUUGAAAGGCUGUUCCCAAAUUUUCUAAUGAAUAGAAGAGGAACAUUAUCAUUUUAAAGCAUAUUUUAUCUUUAAAGACAUUGAUUUGUAAUAUAUUUCCUAUAACCUUUGAUCAACAACCAUCUAUUCAGCAGUCUAUGAAUACUAUGGCCUGAUGAGCAAACUUCAGACUGAAGUUAUACACUGGUUUGAGCUUAAUGGGAUAAUUUCUGGCUAAUUAUUGUUUAUACGGCUCUGGAUUUUUUUUUCUUUCUGUACAUAUAUAUACACAUAAAAGUUUUUAAGAGAAAAUAUGUUUAUAUAGGUAUAAAUCCAGUAAGUCCUUCUAUAACACAAUUUUAUCAAGGGAAAGGUACUGAAGAGUAAAUUGUAAAAAAUCCAUCUUUAAUCAAAUUUUUGGUUUAUAAAAACAACAGUACUUAGAAUUCUAAUUUAUAUUCUAAAACAGAUCGAAUGUUGCACUUUAGCUGAUAUAUGUAAACUAUGAAAACUGUACCUCACUAAUUUUUAAAAAUCAAAGCUCUGCAAAGAACAUAUUGGGGACCAGUAUUUCAUACAAAUUAGAUACUGUUUAAAAUGUUGACUAUCAAAUUCAGCAAAUAAACGAAUUCUUGUUUGGAUGUUACUCCUUUCUCCUCAAAUGUAAGUAUGAAAUGUGUUUUCACCAGUACUAUAAGAGCAUUCUCUUCUUCAGGGAAAUAAAUAGAAUAGAGAAGCAAAUUUAACUGUAAAAUUGAAAAAUAUAGAUUUAGCUUGUAUCAGGUAAAAAUGUGACAUCAAAAUUUCCAUGUUUUAGUGAUGGCUGAAGUAUUUUAAGUUUUUUGUUGGUGUUAUCUUAGACUUUUUAUAAUGAGGUAGUUUUUCUGCGUCUAAAAUACCUCUUCACUUGCAAAUACAAUCGCUUUUUGUAAUAUUUAUUCAUGCAUAUGAACUAAAUGCUGAUAAACACCAGAAUAUAAUUUCCUCUGAUUUGUCCCUA